GUUCCUGCUCACAGUUAUAAACGUGACCGUAGACAGAGAGAGGAAGUCUGUGGCGAGUGCUGAGAGGACGGAGAAUGGCCGCCAGCAGCUAUAAGUACUAUAAUGAUGAGGACUUUAAUGCCAAGAAAUUUGUGGAAUCUCACUUCUCUGAUGGGAAAGUCAGUAUAACAGAGGAGAGUGUGGGCUUCCCAAUAAAAAUACUGCAUGGUCUGUUUUCCUCAGGACAGGUUAAGGGAAACACACUGCUGGAUAUCAGCUCUGGGGCUCUGGUCUACCAGCUCCUCUCAGCCAGUAACGUUUUCAAGGAGAUCUAUGUGAUGGAUUUUACAGACGCCAACAUCAGACACUUCAGGCAAUGGCUGGAGAAGGGGAAAGAAGCCACCGACUGGUCAUAUGCUUCUAAACAAGUCUGUCAGCUUCAAGGGAAUAGCGCUGGGUGGCAGGAACAAGAGGAGAAAGUGAGAAGAGCCGUCAAAAGUGUUGUUAAAUGGGAUAUCUUUGGAAGUGGUUGUGCAGAUCCCCUACUUGUACCGCGGGCUGACUGUGUCCUCAGUCUCUGGAUAAUAAAUAUAAUUAGUAAAACGAGGGAAGAAUACCAGAGGAACCUGGCAUCUGCCACAUCAUGGCUGAAGGUCGGAGGUUACCUGCUGCUCUUCACGGGGCUGAACAUGACAUUCUACACACUGGGGCAACACAAGUACUUUAUCCUCCCAUUGGAUGAAGCCUUUGUGCGAGAGUCGGUGACUAAGGCCGGCUGUGUCAUUGAGAAGGUGGAGUUACUGAGGAACAAGGUCAGCACUGAUAAAGUUGAUUAUGAUCAUUUGCUUUUUAUCCUGGCCCGCAAGGAACGCGAGGCCUAGAGGUGGCAAAUGGGAAGAUUCAGCUUAUCAUGGGCCGACGGCUGCUAACAAAGUACUAGUGCGGGGGAAGGAUGGGGCUGUGUAAUACUCAGUGGCCGAUUUUACCUAUGGGCUGCAGGACUGCAUCCCUCCCAGGUAAAAUCCGCCAAUCCGCUCAGUGUCAGUGAAGCCAGGUGCUGUCCGUGACUGACUUCCUAUUGGGAGUUCUACCUGCCAAUCACAGACACUGCAAGCAGUCCCACUGGGAGGUGUUUCCUGCCUCCAGGACUGCCAGACCGGGCUGCCAUAAGCAGAGAGCUGUCUUCCUGUGGGAAGCCACUCCCUGCCUUUCACGCAGCCCAAUCCGGCUUCUAUGGGCUGCAGCCAAUGCAGAUCCAUUGCACAAAUGCCAGGUUCCGGGGCUGUUUCCUCUCCUCUCUGGGCACGGGGUUAGCUGCAGGAUUUUCAAGCAAAAUGAUUCAAUAAAGAAAUGAUUUCUAAAUGUC